AUGAACAAGUUUUUUACUAAAUUGUUUACAUUCAAAUGGCUAGAAGAUAGUUUAGUCGAUGUUGUCAAAUGGCGCUAUGCGCUAGUGGCGAUGGGAGUUUUGGAAGCUCUUUUAUUUUGUGGAAUAACUUUUGGUUGGGCAAAUUUAGUUUAUGUCCUCAAAGCAGAAGGAUUUUGGAUUGAACUGUGCCCUGAACUCAACGUUACUUUUCAUGCUCAUGAAAUGAUCAGUUCAAAUAUCACUUGCCUUCCACAAAGUGAAAUACUGCAAGCUGUUUUUACUGUAUCGGUCUUUGUCCCGAACGCUGUCUUGGUGAUCAUUGGCUUUUCUAUAGAUCGAUUUGGUCCACGUAAUAUGCGCUUUAUUGCGAGUAUUCUAUUGAUGAGUUCCUUCCUUAUGCUUGCGUUAGCAACUAGAGAUUCUCCAUCACUAUUAUUUCCUGCACUAUCUUUAUGCAGUACAGCUGGUAUGUACUUCCUUCUAUCUCUGUUUCAGAUUGGCAAUCUGUUCAAGACGAAAAGAUCUACGGUUAUUAGUAUCAUUAAUGGGAGUUUUGAUGCAUCUGCAGCUAUCUUUCUAUUCUUUCAGCUCAUUUAUGAUGUUGGCAUAAGCAGAAGUACUCUAUUCUUGAUUUGGACUGCCUUGUCUUUUAUUACAGUGAUUAAUACAAUAGUCUUUAUUCCAGCAAAACCUAUUUUACCACCUGAUGCAGAAUAUAACAGUAUUACUAGUGGUAUCCUUGGUAAUUAUUAUUAUAUCUUUCAUGCACUGGAGGUUGUUAAUGUUAGCUUAUUGGGAAUCCAUUCUAAAACAAUCAAUCACAUGAACAAACCUAGUCAAAACGUCAGCAGACGCAGCAGACUUUUUGAUUCCGUUUCCGUCAGUUAUGAUAUGACCGAAUACUUUAAAGAGGAUCUUGCAGAUAGUGAUCAAAUCAAACGCAGUUGUAGCUAUUUAAGCGUAUCGCAUUCGAUCAAUUUGAGUGAUAGCUACCCUCCUAGUGAUAUAGUUAAAGAGGAUAGCGAUCCUAGUAUCAUCAAUUACGAAAUUUUGGAACCUAAAAGUAUCGAUAAUGAGACUAUUAUCAGGAGUAGUUAUGCUCAAAGUAUGAAUUUACCAGUCAUCAAUAUUCAGGAUACUGAUAAUAUGACGACUAAAGUUGGAUUUAAAAAUGAAAAUCAUCGAGAUUUUGGUUCAAAGGAUCAAAAGUUUAGUGACUUAAACGCACAUCGACUGUCAAGAAGAAGUUUAAGCGUUGAUGCUGAUCCACUCUAUUUAGUUAAUCCUAAAGAUGUACUGGCUAAUUUACAAGGUCGUCAACAAUCUACCGAGACAAACGAUUUUGAAGUAGAUUCUUUAGCAAGAGAUGGCCGCGUAGCUCUACCUAACAGUGAAUCUAACAAUUGCUUUGAGUGUGAAGAAGAAAACAACGAUGCAAUAUCAAUCCAUUCCUUGACCAUCGAUCCAUUUGAACGCCAACCUACCAGAGACAACGCUAAUGAUCAAAAAAGUUUACCAGCGUCACCAGCUGGCAGCAAUGGCUCAGCAGCAAGUAGUGUAUCCGCUUAUAAUUUAAAUGCGCUAUUCUUUGAGGAUAAUUUUACAGAUUAUACUAUCCAAGAAUCCCAUCCAACAAACGAUCUAAAUGUACAAGCUCAAAACUAUACGGCACCCUUACAAAGUGUUAGUGUGACUAUUACUAAUGCUGAAGAUGGAAAUAUAGCUAAUGCCGAUGAUAGCGGCGAUGAGAAGAGCGAUAAUGGAUCUGUUUCAUCGGUUGUCCUUGCUAACAAAUUCUUUAAAGAGCAACUCAAUCAUAAUAAUAAUCGAUCCAGUGUCUCGAACGGUGCUAGUAAUACAGGAUAUCGAAGCUGUCCACAGUCGCCAACAGGAAGUGUUGUUUCAAAUGGUAGCACUAUAUCUGCUUAUAACUUAAAUGCAUUACUAUUCGGUAGCAACAAGGCAAAUAAAAAAAGCAAAAGAAUGACUGUAGAUGAUGGAGCAUUACUAAAAUCGACAUCGAAACAUACUCAGACAACUUCUCAUGGAGGAUUUCAUAGCAAAAUAAAAGCAAAAAGUCAACCAGCGUCUCCGGUUGGAAGUAACAGUUCUGCCUGUAGCAGUAUUUCGGCAUAUCAUCUUAAUUCGCUAUUUGACAAUGAAAAAUUUCGCGAAAAAUUCUCUAAUACAGAAGUCGACAAGAGUGGUAUUACAGAAUGGAUUACAAAUCAAGAACAAUAUUUACCCUUACGCCAAAAACAAUCAGAUCCAAAUGACAACACUACAGCAAAUUCCGAGAACAAGGAUAUUGAUAACCAAGCCAUAAAAGCAAAAGAUCUAAAGCAAGAUUCAACCGAUGAGAGUUAUUGUCGAACUGAAGCUUGGCUAUCGAAUAACCAGCUUCAAGGGUUAGAAGAUAUUAAUCAAACUAGUCAACAGACUGAAGUGGGAUUAAUCAAUACUCAUCAAAAUAAUGAUAACCAAAAGGUGGUGGCUAAAAUACAGGAAAAUUAUAACAUGUCAGGUGAUGGGAUUUCAGAAGAAGAUCUAAAGAACUUGUCGUCACUGGCUAAUAGUGAUAGAGAGCUAAAAUCUUCGCCUUUUACUCUUCGCAAAGCUACAAUUUCUACCAUCGCAGAAGAACAAGAUUCCUAUGCUAUUCCUGAUAUUACUGUUACAAGAGCCAAUAGCGAAGAAGAUCUGAGGACUGAAUCUUGCCAGGAGAGUGAUGACCAACAUGGUGCAAUUGGUCAUAGAACUAGAUCGAAUACCUUAGCGCAAUUACUACGACAAGAUAGUAAAGAAUCAAGUCGACGACGCUCAUAUAUUCCAACGCGAAGAGACAGUAAUUUUGCCGCUAAUGAUGAUAUCGAAUUACCUCAGCUCAAAUUACCUCGUUGCAUGACAGACAGCAGGGCCAACUAUUCUCGCUAUAAUAUCUAUUCUUUAGGAAACGCGUUUGCAGUUCCAGCUACUCAUACAGCUAGAUUAAAGACAAUUUCUGAAGCUAAUAGAAAAAGAGAGAUGAGACAGCGUGCACGUAAAUUUCGUAGCGAUUCUGUUAAAUCCAAUACAGAUUCCAAUCAUAACCCCAAGCUGCAACGAGAGGUAUCUCGCAAGAAGAGAUCUAUUCGGCGAAUACGUAGUGAUAGCAGUUUAUCAGUUAAAAGUGAUUAUAUGCUCAACUGGAAGGCGGCUAUAAGAUCGCCUUUAUUUAUCUGCCAUUGCCUGUAUCUUGGUCUCAUUCAGCUACGUCUUGUUUUCUUUAUUGGAUCACUUUAUUCAUUUUUAGAUUAUUUAACCGAUAGUCAGCCAGAUGUAGUUACUGCCUACACAAACGCUUUCGGCUGGGUCCAAAUGUUUGGUAUGAUUGCAUCUAUUGGCAUUGGCUUACUUAUGGAUUUUAAGUUAAGUGAAUCCAAUCCAGUGGAAGUAGUUCAAAUGACGUCGUCAGCAAUCGCUUAUUUUAUUAUAAAUACUAUGACUGUUUUAUUUGGAAUUGUCACCGUUAUUCCGGUCUUAGAACUUCAGUACAUUUCAUUUUUACUACACACUAUCAUCAGAGCGUUUAUCUAUUCGGCGAAUUCUAGCUUUAUCGCCAUCGCAUUUCCAAUUGAACAUCACAGCACGCUUAUUGGAGUCUCCUUAUUUGUGGCUGCUCUCUUUAGCCUCUUACAGUUUCCUUUAUUUAUUCUAAUCCGGGUAAACUUGGGAGGAGAUCCUUUCUGGAUCAACAUUGCAUUGUUUAUUGUCAGUAUCAUUGCUUAUGGUUAUCCAUUUCUAAUAUGGCAUGAGAGCAAGAAAUUGGAAGCAGCGAUGACUGAUACAGAUGAUGACGCUAUAUCUACAAUUGAGUACAAUCGAAGCGCUAGUACUGAGCCUAUUGCAUAG